AUGGAGAAGCCGCCCGGCGGCGAGGAGGAGUGCGCGGACUCGGGAGCGGAGACGGGCGGGUCUGAGUACAGCCGCAUGUCCUCUACUAGCAGUGAACUUUCUGUGGAAGGCAUACAAGACCCAUUCCUUGUUAGUGUCCAUAUUAUCACAGACCCAGGUGAAUCCAGGACUCUUCAGCAGGCCAUUGAUAAGCUUCUAGCCUGGAUCCACCCAGACCUGCAGCUGUUUCGGGUCUCAGAAAGGCGGGUGCCCAGGAAGCGCAGGAAGCCGCUCAAGGCCGGCGUUUCUCAGCCAGCCCUCGCUGUCAUCCUGUUCCUGCAGGAGGAGUACGGGGAAGAGCCCAUCUUGCAGCUCCAUGAGACUUUUCAGCGGCCACCCUGGCAUUACCACCACACAGAGCUAAUGCAUGGGAAGUUCCUCCCUUACAUGCCUUGCAGCCAAGACUUUUACACUCUGGCUCCAGAGACUCCUCUGUGGGCCAUCCGCCCAGUGCACUACGGGAAGGAAAUGAUCCGCUUCACCAUAUACUGCAGGAAUGAGAACUUUGUGGACAUUUUGAAAUUGUAUGAGUUAAUACUGAAAAGACCAAUGUGUCAGAAAAAAGCAGACUUCUGUGUUUUUCCUGUCUAUUCUAACUUGGAAAUAGACAUUCAGUUUUCUUUAAAAAAACUCCCAAAGGGACAAGUUCCAGUGAGGACAGAAUCAGCUGUGCUGGAGUUCAGAGUGAGAGAUGUGGGGCAGCUUGUGCCUCUCUUGCCCAACCCUUGCAGCCCCAUCAGUGAAGGCAGGUGGCAGACAGAAGACCACGAUGGAAAUAGGAUCCUUUUGCAGCAAGCACACAGUUGGAGUAGGAAGUCUGCAAAGCAGAACAAGCAACUGUAUCCAUCUGUGUCUACAGAUUCCCACUUCACCACUCUGCCAGCCUUCCUUCCUCAGAGCCACCGAUCCGUCUCUGAACUGCCACAAGAAAUGGGUCCAAAAAAGGUACAUCUCACAAAUGGCCUUGGUCAUUAUCUUGGUUUCUCCCAGGAGGACUUGAGACACAGCAAUCUAGGAGACUUCACACGCAGACCCAGGAGUGCCUCCAGCAUUUCUUGGUCAUUUCAACGAAGCAAGUCUCUGUUCUGCUUGCCCACAGUGAAUUCCUCUUCAGCAUCAGAGACAUUUCAUUUCAGUGAACCAUUUCAGUUUUUAAACACUGGGUCACCUGCAACCAGGUUAAAAACGUGGAAAUGCAGCCCCAAGCUUAACAUUGAUGACUUAGAGCAUGCCCAAGAGACUGAUGUGGACACAGGGAUGAAGAUGUCCUUCUCAGACCUGUCUGUGGUUUCUGCAUACUCUGCCCUUAAUGGGUUUUGCAGUGAGUUGGAAGACUCUCUUCCAUCACAGAAACAAAGUGUCAGUAGGGCUAAACAGGCAGGCACCAGGGGAAGGCCUGCAUCAGCCAUGUGCAAUACUUUUGAUUCAGUUGGUGGUUCACUGCCUUCUCUUUCAGAAUGGUCUUCCAGCUCUUUCAUGUCAGCAUCUCUCUCCAAGCAACACAAACACCCCUUGAGAGCAGCUCCCUGUUCUCUGGAUGAUCAUGUUUGCCCAGCUUCACCAGUUAAUGAAGAAGAAUUUUACAUCUGAGGCUUCUCAAAUUUACACAUUCCAGAGGAAAAGGGAAUGACUUGAAAAUGACAGCGGUGGGUCCACCCUGAGCUUACAGGUUACUUGCUGAGGAGAAGGUGAUGCAGAAGUUUGUUAAAUAUGUGAAGAAAGUACUCAGAACCCUCUGAGAUUGGCAUCCCCAAACUGGGUACAGUAAAGAAGUCUGAGAUUGCACCCUGUGUCUCUGUACUGGAGGAUAUGAUCAGCACAGAGGCACAGAGGCUUUUGCACAGCAGCGCAAGGUGGAUGUUUCUGACCAGCCCUUGGACUGAUGGUGAAGGAAAUGCCAGAAGAGGCACACAGUAUUCCAUUUUAAUUUGGCAGACAAUGAAAACUAAUAUGUGAAAACAAACUACUUUAACUUUUCUGAGAAAUUCCCUUAACUCAGGAAAGGUGGGGGGAAAAUGGGGUCUUAUUUCCCGUUCACAGGUUCCAAAGGCAGCUCUAAGCUGCAGGUCCCAGCAGCACAGCUCCAGUAGGGUCAGACAAGAAGUUUCUUGUGAGGAAACACUUUCCUUCCAUACUUUGAGAGCUGGCAGUGGUGAGGUGGGGCAGAAUUACACAAACAUCAAGGUUAGAAGAGAUCUUCAAGAUCAUCUAAAUCCAGGUGACAACCUAGCCCUACCAUAAUCACCCCUAAACAAUAUCCCCAAGUGCCACAUCCUGACACCUCUUAAACUCUUCAGACACUGACCCCACCAACUCCCGGACCCUGGACAAUUUAUUCUAAGGUCUAUUUCAGUGAAUAUUUUUUUCCAAACAUUCAAUCUGACCCUCUCCUGGUGCAAUUUAAAGCAGUUUCCUCUCAUUGUUGCACUCAAGAUAUGGCAGAAGAGACCAACCCUCCCUUCACUGCAACCUCUUUUCUGGUAGUUUUAAAGAUCAGUGAGGUAAUCCUCCAAACUAAACAAUCCCAGUUCCCUCAGCUGUUCUUUAUCAGACUUUUGCUCCAAACCCUUCACCAGUUCCAUUGCCCUUCUCUGGAUGUGCUCCUGCCCCUCAAUCUCCUUCCUGAAUGGAGGGGCCCAGAACCGAGCACAAAGAUUCAGGGUGCAACUUUCACCAGCGCCGAGAACAGGGGUCCUGCUGGCCACACUAUUCCUGAUAUAGGCCAGGGUGCCGUUGUCCUUCUUGGCCACCUGGGCACAUGCUGGAGCAUGUUCAGCUGGCUAUUGACCACCACCCCAGGUCCUUUUCCAGCCACUCUUCCUCCACUCUUGCAGUGCAUGGGAUUGUUUUAACCAAGUACAGGACCCAGCACUUGGAUCACCUUACUGAACUCCACAAGACUGUCCUCAGACCAUCGAUCCAGUCUGUCACAAUCCCUCUGGAGGGCCCUCCUGCCCUCCAGCAGAUCAACACUCCCACCCAGCUUGGUGUCGUCUGUGAACUUACUGAGGAUGCACUCAAUCCACUCAUCCUCAUCAUCAGUGAAGAUGUGAAACAGAGCUGGUGCCCCUGCUGAGCCCUGGGGAGCAGCAGCAGUUACCAGCAACCCACUGGAUUUAUUUCCAUUCACCACCACUCUCUGGGCCUGGCCAUCCAGCCAGUUUUAUUCAGUUAAGAAUCCACCCAUCCAAGCCAUGAGCAACCAGUUUCUCCAGGACAGUGCUGUGGGAGACAGUUCCAAAUGCUUUCCUGAAGUCUGGAUAGACAACAUCCACAGACUUUCCCUCACCUACUGAGUGGAUCACAUUGUCAUAGAAGGAGAUCAGGUUGGUCAAGCAGGACCUGCUUUUCAUAAACCCGUGCUGACUGGGCCUGAGCUCUUGGUUGUCCUGUACAUGCCACGUGAUGGCACUCAGGAUGAUCUGCUCCACGACUUUCCCCAGUGCCAAGGUCAGGCUGGUAGGCCUGUGCUUCCCCAGAUCGUCCUUCCAACUCUUCUUGUAGAUGGGCAUCACAUUUGCUGAUUUCCUGUCAACUGGGACUUCUCCAGGAAACCAAAACUCCUGGAAAAGGGUUGAAAGGGGUUGGCAAGAUCUUUUGCCAGCUCCCUCAAUACUCUCAGGUGCAUCUCAUCAGGACACAUGGAUGUGUGUCUAACUGGGACAGAAGGUCGUUAACCCUUUCCUCACAGAUUAUGGGGACUUCACUCAGCUCCCUAUCCCUAACUUCCAGCUGUCAUUGCUGGAUAUGCUGGGGGCAGCUGGCUUUGGUAUUAAAUACUGAGACAAAAAAGGCACUAGGUACCUCAGCAUUUUCCUCAUCCCUUACACUGAGCUACCCUGUGCAUCCAGCAAAGAAUGGAGACUCCUUAGCCCUCCUUUUGCUGCCAAUGUUUUUAUAGAAACUUCUUCAGAAGAAGUGUCACUCCUUCCCCAGGGAAGAGGAAAUUCCACUGUAUCUUUUAAUUUGACAGACCAGGAUGCAGAAAGUGCCAAAAGAGAAACCUUAGAAAGCAUUUUCAGCCCCCUCACCCAGAAAGCCCAUCCUGUUCAGCUAGAAGGGAGCCCUCUGGGCUGUGGUCUGAACCACCUGUACAGACAGUGAUAACCUGAGUAAACCAUGUUUGCUACUCCUGACUCAGGCAAUACAGCUUACCUUUUUGGAAUACAAACCAAGAAAGGUAACCCAGCAUUUUUAUAUAUUGCUACACCAUUAGACCCAAAUAAAAGACAGCUCCCUGUUUUUUAAGGGGUUGUUAUUUUUCUGUUAGAAAUAAUCAGUGCAGAAACUUUUUCUUUGUAUUUCCAAGCAUGCUUCUUUCUGGAUGAAACUUGUUUCUUCUUGAAUACCUCUCCCCAAGGGGAAAACAAGUCAAAUUUUCUGUCUUUCAGAAGAUGUUUAUAAAAUAUGCAUUUUUGAUAACCUGUUUCACUCCAAUUAAAUUGAUGUUUUUAAAAAAAAGUAAGUGAAACGCUGCUAAUAUGACAGCUAAGUACCUUCACCAGGAUUUGAGUCAUAUAAACAAAUUUUAUUGUGUGUGUUCUGAAAAGUUAUAUUUUUGGCUGACAAGUGUCACUGAUCACAGCUCUGGUCAAGCCACUGGGGAAAUGACCAUGUUAAAAGGUGUGUGUAUAAUGCUGGAUGUAGCCUGUAUACAGGUGUAAAUGCUGAAGACCUACCAUGAUGGCAUUGUGUUGUGUGGAAUAAAAACUCAUUUUCAGAGAAAGAUAUUUGCUGUAUCGCCAGGUAAUUUUAAUUAAAAGAAUUUCUGCUUUGGUGGGGGAAAAAGGGCGGAAAAGCAGACACAUACUGUAAAUAAUAGUCACAAAAAGUGGAACAGCUCCCCUGGCCCAUUUAGGUAAGUGCAUGGUUUUUACAAACUAUUCUGGAAGAAAGUCUAGAGGAAAAUGAGUGCAGGUUUUUAGGGGAGGAACCUGCAGCCCGAGCCUAGAAGAGGCCAGAGUCAAGGUUUUUUCCUUUUGCUGUUGUUUUCUUCACACAGGAAAAAAAGCAACAGACUGAAGUCCAAGUCUCCUCUCUGUGAGAUGCUGUCAUAGCAUUUACCAGGAGUAGACUUUGCCUUUUGUGCUAAACGCAGUAAAUAAAUAGGGAAAUCUAUUCAAAGUAAAGAGCACAGAAGAUUAUCAGCCUUCUCCUGCCCUCUAAAAGUGUUUAGGCUUAUUGCAGUUUUGGGUAAACUGUUCUCUUUCUGGGAGCAAAAAUAGCACUAAUGAAGAAUUUGUCAUGGUGUGUUUACCUGCUCAGUGCUCCUUCAGACCCCACACAGUCUUUCCUCUGACUGUUGUGACCUUUAGAUCAAAUCCCUCCCUGGAACACAUGAACCUGAUUUAUCUAAAGUUGUAUUCCCAUGUUAUUGUUUGUACCCUGCCAAAAUAUAUAUAAAAAACCACUAUGAAGUCAGACUAGCCACUUUUUCCAUCAGCUUGCAUUUCACCAUACAAACAGUGAUGCCUAGGACAGUCAGCAUCCACAGGUUUAAAUUUAUGCUUCAUCAUUUUCAGUCCAUAAUCAUGGUAUUUUAAUAAUGCAGAAAACUUUUGAUCUGGACAUGAAAUAAAAAACUCAUUGAUCUGAUGUAGCUGUCUGAUCCUGGCAUCAUGCCAAGACUCCUGACAAAAAGCUGAUUGGGGUUUUUAAUGAAGAGGAAGCUCUGAACCAUUUUUCUGCUAAGGCAUGCCUCUAGAAGGAGUCCAUUACGUCUGGGGGCUGUCGCCUGCUGCAGCAGGGAGCACUGGUACUGGAGAUCCACAGGGAAGCACAGGACAGCUCAAGUGUCAGUCAUGAAGUUCGUGUGUGUUUUUAACCAGCAGCUCCUCGAGCAUCUCAGCUCCAGAUUUUGCCACAUUAAUCCUGAUGGGAAGAGAGCCAAAUGAGUGUCCACAGACUCUGCAUUUGUAUUGUCCCCACUGGUUCUGUCUCUGUUCUGUUUACUGAUACCUAACUAGAGAUUAAAGUUUUAAUUGUUUACAUUGAUGGUGCUUGUAACCAAAUCUUGUAAAAAAUGAUUGUCCUACUGUCAGGAAAAAGAGAGGUGAUAGUGUACAGAAAACUUUCUGUCUAUAAAAAGAAAGCCAGAUUAUGAAAUGUGUUUCACUGAAGGUAGGCUUCAUUAAUUCUCUUCCCGUUAUUGAAGAAGGAGCUCAUCUCUUCAGAGACUUGAAUAUGCACAAGUUUCAUGCCAUUUACUUAUUGAUUUGGUUAAAUUAUCAACAGUAUAUUUUGAGAACUGCAGGUUUUCCUGAACUUUUUCUCCUUCUCA